AUGGGCGCGUGCAACUCGUGCGAGGCGACGGCGGUGGCGGCGGUGACGGGGGGCACCGCGGUGGGGGAGGCGACGGCGGCGAGGGUGGUGCUCGCGGACGGCCAGCUGCAGCGGUUCCCCGGGGGCACCCUGGCGUCGCACGCGCUCAAGGCGGCGGCCACCACUGCCGCCGCGAGCAGCGCGGCCGCGUGCUUCCUGUGCAGCGCCGACGGGCUCGAGCUCGGCGGCGCGGUGGCGGCGCUGGCGCACGACGAGGAGCUGCAGACCGGGCAGCUCUACUUCGUGCUCCCCGCGGCGAUGCGGCGGCGGCCGCUGCAGGCGGAGGAGAUGGCCGCGCUCGCCAUCCGCGCCAGCGCCGCGCUGGCGGGCGACCACGACGGCCCGCUCGUCUUCCCGGACUCGGCCGCUUGCACAGGCGGAGGCGCCCAGGUGAGGAAGGGGUCCCGGCGGCGCUCGCGGAGGACCCCCAGCCUGGGGCGGGACUUCGUGACAGACCUCGGCGCCAUUGCCGAGUAGCUAGCUAGCAGGCUGGCCAUCCGCGAGCAACAAGAUCGAACCGAACGCUCGCCGCGGCCGGACGGCAUAAAUACAGCUCGACUGUAGUUAGCGUGUAUACCAAACCACCAUUAGGGACUUUGACUAAUGCUAAUGUAGCGUAGCUUAGCUGGCUGGCUGUAGGACACUGUAGGUUGUAGGGGAAGAAGAAAGACGCGUAGCCACAUUUGCAUAUUGAUCCAAGGGCCGUUCUUCACAGAACGCCCAGGUCUCCUUUGUGUGUGGCUGACGGGUGGGCCCUGCGUCCCACGAGACUAACUGCCCUGCACUGUCAUUUGAAUGGGAUAUUUA